ACUUUGUCUAUAGGCUUACUUAGAUAUAUACUUUUUUUUGUAUAUUUUAGGUAUGGCUGGUAGAGACGAAAUCAAAGCUUUAACAACUUAUUUAAAAGGUAUUCAAAUCGACAAAAAUAUAGAUGAUAGUCUAUUAGCUCUAAGAAAGAUUUUAAGCUCGAAUGCUAGAGGAUUAGAUAUUACAUCUAUUCUUCCGAUUUGUGUGCAAUUUUUAACUAGUCCAUCCAUAAUAGUGAAAAAAUUAGUUUGUACUCUUUUAACAAGCCCAAGGUGUUGUGAAAAUGAGGAUUAUAUUAUUUUAAGUAUUAAUACUUUAUUAGUUGAUUCGUCUUCUCCAAAUCCUCAAUUACGUGCCUUAUGCGUGAGAACUUUACAUAAAUUGGCAAUAAAAUCACCAUCAAUAGUUGCAUCGGUAUCUCUACAAGCAGCUUUGAGAGCUUGCAAGGAUACUAGCCCUGGAGUAAAGAGAGCUGGUCUUCUAGCUUUAGCGGAUCUUGACUGCGAACGCUUAAACUACGUAGAUGAUUUAUACAGAAUGUUCCGAAACGACGAUGAUAUUAUUAUUACAAACUGUAUAAGAUGUUUAUCUAAUGUACUCGAGCAACAUGGCAACUUAACAGUGCCAAAAGCUUUAGCUUAUCACCUAUUGAAUAGGGUGGAAAAAAUGGAUAGUUUUCAGGUACCAAUCUUACUAAAUGCUAUUAGAAAUUAUAAUGUUAAUGAAAAGGAUAAAAUGGAAUUAGUUAAUCUUCUAGAUCCUCUUUUGGAAAGACCUAAUUUGAUUGUUUGUCAAGUUACCUUCUAUCUUAUGAAGAGAUUAUUACCAGAAUCAUCUUACUCCCAAUUGGCUACAAGAACGUCAAAAUUUAUAUCGAAAAUGUUAAAUCAUCUUCAUCCUAAUAUAACAUUAUCAAGUAUAAAGUUUUUAAAAUAUUUAGUAGUUGAAUAUGAUCUGAAAAGGAAGUUUGCGAUUACACCAGUUUCUAUCAAACCGAAUGAUUCGAAUGUAUUGAUUAUUCAUAAGAUAAGUUUAUUAAAUUGUUUAGCUACAGAAGAAAAUGGGGGCCAUAUUUUAAAAGAACUAACAAACCUAUUGAGAAAAACAAAUUCUAAUAGAUUGUUUAUGGUAAUCGUUAAUGAAAUAUCAACAAUGGCUGAGCAAAUACCAUCGAUUAAGGAAAAGUGUUUAGAUGCACUUUAUAUGGCAAUAAAUAAUAACACUUGCAAUGAAAGUCUUCAAACUAUCGUGUUAUGCUUUUUACGAUUAAAUGCUAGAAUUCCAAAAUCUACUUUAUCUUUGCUAGAAGACUUGUGCCUUAAUGGCUCAGUUGAUAAUUUUGAGCUAAUAUUCCUUCUUCAGUCUCAGCAUACCGAUCAAUUGGACACAUCACCUUAUACUCUUGAAAAUUUAUUAACUAAAUUUAAGGAAAACCAAUCAGUAUCUUACAGUUCAUACUAUGCUUUACUAUUAUAUGCUGUCAACCUGUUUUUAAAGCGCCCUGCGGAAUGUCAAUAUAUUUUGGGUGAAGUUAUGGAAUUGAUAAAUAACGGAGGAAAUUCAAUUUUAAAAAUGAAAAUUAAACUGUUAUGUCAUUUACUAAGUAAAAAAGAUAUGAUUAUGAUUGGAAAGCUAUUUUCCGUACAGAAAACUAUUGAAAUCUAA